AUGGCAUUCUUAACUGUAUACGGCCGUUACAAUCCCAAUUUACUGAUAUAUGGAUCAUUAGUAUUAGGCUUAACAGGUGGCUUACCAACGUUCAUCUUUAGUUUAUUUGCCAUCGUAGGUGAAGGUUGCCCACAAAAAUAUCAAGGCUUACAGUGGGCAACCUUAACAGUUUGCAUGUAUAUAGCAUUAGUUUUCACUGUAUUUUCUUACGCUAUAUUGACCGAUUUGGUCAAUACCUAUCUUGUCUUGUAUCCAUAUUGUUGGACAUCAGCGAAUGCUUACAUCUUUGAAAGUAUUCGUUUACUUGGAAUUGCCGCCGGUGGUAUUCUCGGUUGGCUCUUCCUUCGAAAGUAUCUAAGAGAUAGCAUUCUAGCCAAUAUAGGGCUAACAUGUGUAAUUGCGCCAUUGGGAAUGAUUGCCUUGGGUAUAGUAGGCGGUGCGUUAGGGGGAAUAGCUGUGCCUUGUAUGUUGAAUAUGAUUAGCAAAACCAUCAAGAGAAAUGAAUAUGCUAUGGUGUUUUGUUGGAUUGCCAUUCUUUAUAUAUUUGGCAAGGUAAUUAGCGAGUAUAUGGCUCAAAGAUUCAUGAUCCUACAUGCUAACACACGAAGUGCUAUGAUAGCAUUCGCAGCAGCAAACUUAAUUUUAUUACCUCCAAAAGUAUUCUUAAUAUUUCUUACAUGUUGCGACAAAAGAAAAGAAAAAAGACAAAAGAAAGAAAUGGAAACAUUUUCGGUUGUCAAAGAUACCUUAUCACCCAUCGAUGAUGGCAUCUUAUCUAAUGAUCAUAAUUCUGUCGUAUCUGAAACUACAGUUUAA